GGAUGCAAAAUCUCAGGUUUUUACCAUUCCCCUCUGAGUCUCAUGGCCGCACCAGACGCUCGCGGGUCAACUACUAUGGCGGUUUCUGUGUCCCCUAUAGACUCCCUGAGAGUGGCAGCUCUCCAAACCCUCAGAAACAAGAAGCGUUCAACUUUCAGACCGGAAGCGUCCUUUACAUCAGACGAGGCAAACACAACAUUAAGCUAUGAUGAAGCUCCAUCGCAGCCCACUUUGCCUCUCAAGCCUCAGGCAUCAAAAUCUCUUCCUCCAUUAAGGGCCCCAACUGUCAAGCCGACCGCUGCUAGUGAACGUGAAGAUGGCGAGAUUUCAGAUCCGGGGGACGCUACGAUCAACACUACCGUGACCCCUAGCCAGCCCACGCCCCGGUCCACAAGUGAAACAAAUGCUGCGGGCUCGAACAAUGAUGCGCCCACCAACUAUUCCGUGAAUAUUCUCUCACUCUUUAGUCCCACAUCCUCACCGCAUCAUCAGAAUGGACCUUCGGCCGACACAAACAGCAAGAACAGUCAAGAAUCGAUAUCCCAGACCCCGCCGGGCAUGGAAGUUGAUCCAUCGGAGCAUACGUCAAGCCGAGCUUCGUCAUAUCCUCCCCCGCCCACAGCUACUAAUGUAGUUGCUAGAAUACCCUCAAAAGCCGCUUUGGAUCUUUUGCGCUCUCGUCUUGGAAUGACCCCUGAGGAGAUUUUUGAAGCGAAGAUUACGAUCCUAGACAUCCUCGGCUGCGGUGUACAUCCACAGCAUCUUCUUGAUUGCGGAGUGUCGCGUACUGCUGUCGUCGUUUGUCUCACGGAGCUGAAGCUUCGUAUACCUGAGGUAUUAGCUGGCAUCAUCGAAGAUGCUGAGCGCGAAGUCAAAGCCAAGUUACCCGCAAAGCAACCGAAGCCGCAACCACUGAAGGCUACAUUGGACCCGCCAUCACCACCCAUCGAUUCGUCCUCUGCCGUAUCCCCCCCUCCAGCAACACCGAAACCAAAUCCACCUAUGAUUCCACCUUCCUCACUCCCAUCAAAACCUGCUUUCCUUCCCCCGAAGCCAACCAUCUAUGCAGACAGAGCACCAAAUGUCUCUGUUGGGCAAUCAACUCUUUUGGACCCUCAGACCUCAAACUCAUUGUCUCAACAAUCUCCUACCCCAAAACUAGUCAUUGAUUUGGAUGAUAUCGAGCAACAGCGAAAACGGGAGCUGUUGGCGCGCCGCAAAGUUCUUCAGAGUCUGCGAGCGAAGGAGGCUGCCAAGGCAGCGAGUGCUCUGAGCUCCGAUAUUGAACCUAAAACUUCGUCACCAAAAUCCCUAACCACUAGUUCGAUUGAGCAUGCUGUGCCACUCGGUGGUUCGGAUGACAUGCAGAUUGACCUUCUGAUAGCCGACGCAAUAAAACGGGGCGAAGCAAAACAAGUCACCCAUUUUAUUUCGUCAACCAAUACCACGAACGCUAGCAAUGAGGACUCGCCCUCCGGGGUUGAUGAAGCUAUGGAAGUAGAGCAAGCCCUCCAGAGCGGCGAAAUGGAGGACUCCACAUCGUCACCUGAACUAUUCUCAAAGUCAACAAAGUCUGCGAGACGUGGACAGACGUCAGAACUUAUUGCCAGUCGACAUCUUCAGCAGGACGCUCCUGUAGAAGGCAGACAAUUGGAUUCAUUGAGUUCAUUGCCGCCCACGAAGCGCACGUCUUCGAAGCGUCCUGUCGCAGCUGAUUUUGUCGACUAUGUAGCAGCGUCAUAUCCUUUCGAGGAUGACCAGUUGCGGUCAGCGGCAGACUCGUCAAUAAUAGAUUCCAACGGACUUCCACCCCACAAACGCCGAAAGAAUUUUGGGCCUUCUUCUCUGAGUCGUGUCAUUAUCGAUCUUUCCGAAGGCGAAUCUGACUCAGAUGAAGAGCCCGGUGAUCCACCGCCCAAUCUUCGGCCAAAACAAUUGAAGGAAACUCGACGGGAGAGCAGUGCCCCGGUAUCCGUGAAAUCAUUACCCCCUCCGAGGUCGAUGCCACCAAGCAAGAACAAGAAGACGCUCUGGGAAGAGAAGCAGCGAGAGAUAGAGCGAAUGAGAGAGCUCAUUCGAACAAUGGAAGAAAAGAAAAAAAAGUCUAUGCUCACUGUCGCCGAGUCUCGGGCUGCGUCAGAACCCAUCUCGCCUUCCGCUGACGGAGAAUCGCAAACAAUAAUUCCUCCAUCCAGUCUGCCUGACCCUGGGAUGGUUGUGGUAAAGACCGAAGAAGGAGCGUUUGAUCUGAGCGUCAACAAUUAUGGUGAAGCGCCGAGGAACACAUCGGCUUUUACUCGAGUCAAUAAUGCCUAUGGUCUUUAAUAAUUUGCUCUGUAGUCAUUAAGAAUCUAAACCUCAUGCGGCUUCUUAGUAGGUGCUAACGAACGACGUGUUAACGGCUCUCCUUCACACACUUCUGGCGAGUGGAACCACAGGUCGUUUUCUGUUUUACCUCUAAUAUGUCCCAAUCGCGCAUUCUGCAUUGCAUUGACUGGGUUCCCUCUUGUAGCGCAUGCUAGUGACAAUAAACCUUACACCCGGGAACAGGAUGCCACUUCCACGCAGGUAUGGUCGGCUUCCAGUAUGUUACCAUCACCCAGUCACAACUCCGGGUUCCCGGUCCACCGUCUCCUGAAGUUGUGGCGGCGGCUCUAUUUGCUCACUAUGCCUUGUCUGAUCUCUUUUUCCAGGACAGCUC